CCUUUGAUGACGUUACGCCAUUUGCUCAAUAGAUAGCGAGCUGUCAAGUUAUGCGGAAACAAUGAAUUUUGACAGUCAAAUAAGCUUGCUGCAAAUUUGUGACAGUGGUUUUCCUACUGGUGGAUUUUCUCACAGUGCAGGUUUAGAGGCAGCAUUGAAGACAUCUGUUAUUCACAGUAAAGACUCUUUAAAGGAUUAUCUGCUAUGCUGUCUUGAAAAUUCAGGAUCAUUUAUAUUGCCAUUUCUAAAAGAAGCUCAUCAGCAGUAUAAAGAUAUACCUGCUCUUUGUGAUCUGGACAGACUCUGUGAAGCUUGUACACCAAAUCAUGUUGCUAAACGAGCAAGCACUAGGCAGGGUCGAUCAAUGUUAGAUACCAGUGUUAAAGUAUUCAACAUUCCAUCUUUGCUGAAAUUGAAUGACAGCCUACCUUGCAAACAUUUGCCAGUUGUAUUUGGGGCAAUAUGUGCUACACUAAACAUAAACCUGCAAGCUUCCAGUGCAGCAUUUCUCUUCACAACACUGCGUACAGUACUUGCGAGUGCAGUACGCUUAGACAAAGUAGGACCCAUUGAGGCGCAGACAAUUCAGACAGAAUUACAGCAAGAAAUUCCUACAGUUAUUGAAAGGCAUAAACAUCGAAAGAGUGAAGAUGCAUGCAUGAUCUAUCCGCACAUAGACAUUGUUCAGAAUAUACAUGACACUAUGUUUUCCAAGUUAUUCUACUCAUGAAGUUAUGAAAGUUUUUAGAUUGCAUAUUCUUACGCUUACGGGUACUAAUCUAUUUGUACAGUGAUUAUAACAUAUAUAUUCAUAUAUUUGUAACUACAUAUCAUUGUUAAUUAUGUAAUGCAUUUCUCAACAAAAUACAAGAAAUUUUGUUGUUGCUGUUUUUGAGUAUUACACCACCUGCCAUUUCAUACGCUUAGCAACACUAAACGUUACUUAGCAACACUAAACGUUUUUGCCAGUAUCUUAAACGUGAUCUAAAGUACAUUUCUGAAAACCAGACAGCCGUAUUGUGAAUGUCAUAAAAAUGUCAAAGUAUCUUCUAUCACAGCUUAUUAGAAAACUUAUUCUUUAUUUGUGGAACAACCUUAAAACGAACAAACACUUGAAAAUCCUGAAAUAAAAAAUCUAGCCUUGUGUAGAUGGUAUAUAUCACUUGAAAGGGGCUUACAUUUAACAGCAUAUUUUUAGCUCCACUAUUUGUGGAAAUUUAGUUCGACUUUUCGAGGAAUAAGUAGAGUAUUCUACUCACCACGGCGUUGGCGUCGGUGUCACCUUAGUACCAGUCAACAUUUUGACAAAGUAUUUUGAAAAAAAGCUUUGGAACUUUCAGCACUUGUUUACUAUCACCAUUUCCAGUAUUAGGCACGGGGCCUCCGUGGCCGAGUGGUUAAGGUCGCUGACUUCAAAUCACUUGCCACUCAUCGAUGUGGGUUCGAGCCUCACUCGGGGCUUUGAAUUCUUCAUGUGAGGAAGCCAUCCAGCUGGCUUACGGAAGGUCGGUGGUUCUACCCAGGUGCCCGCUCGUGAUGAAAUAAUGCACGGAGGGGCACCUGGGGUCUUCCUCCACCAUUAAAGCUGGAAAGUCGCCAUAUGACCUAUCAUGUGUCGGUGCGACGUUAAAU